UUCAGCACUGAGGAUGCCAAACUGGGGCGGGGGAGCCAAAUGUCCAGCCUGUGACAAGACUGUGUACCACGCAGAGGAGAUCCAGUGCAAUGGACGGAGCUUCCACAAAACCUGCUUCAUUUGUAUGGCCUGCAGGAAGGGUCUGGACAGCACCACCAUGGCCGCGCACGAAUCAGAGAUCUACUGCAAAUCUUGCUACGGCAAGAAGUAUGGCCCAAAAGGCUACGGCUAUGGGCAGGGAGCAGGAGCACUAAGCUCAGAUCCAGUUGACCCAAGCCUGAAUGCCAAAUCUCAACACUCCCAGUCUCGGCCGACGUCCACCGACUCCAACUCCAACAAGUUUGCCCAAAAAUUCGGCAGCACUGACCGCUGCCCUCGAUGCUCCAAAGCUGUGUAUGCUGCAGAGAAGGUCAUGAGUGCAGGACAACCCUGGCAUAAGACCUGCUUCCGCUGUGCUAUGUGUGGCAAGAGUCUGGAGUCCACAACAGUGACUGAUAAAGACGGAGAGAUCUACUGCAAAGUGUGCUACGCCAAAAACUUUGGCCCAAAAGGGAGAGGGUUUGGAAACAUGGGAGUCACAGAAGACAGGGACUGAUGCUCUGGCUGCUAUGAAGAAAUAUUGAAAUGUUUUUACGGUACUUAUGUUUUUAUCAAAUAGCCUUAUUUUAAAUUAUGCUGACGCCAAAUAAAAAUGAAAUGGCGUAGUGGAUGAUCUGGGGUAGGAUACUGCAACAGCUUGACAUGAAAUAAAGAAAGGUGUGAAUUACUGGUGCAAACCAGUAAUUGGGAAACAAGACGUCCAAAGAACAUCUUCAUCAACAGAAAUCACUUAUGUUAGCAUAGUGCACUUGACAAGUCUCUAUCAAAAGAGACAUGAAACAAUGAGAACAAAAUCACUGCAUCAAAGCUCUAAUCAGGGGAUGUUGAGGAUGACUUGCAAUUGUGUUCCAUCUGGGUUCAUUCUUAAUUAAUACCAGUCUGUGCUCAUAACUCAGCCUGUGAAAAAUUGAA